AUGAGUACAGAUGCUGAGAUAAGUGUAGCAGCAGCCAAUGCUGGUGAAUUAAAUAAACCAAAACCUCGUUGGAUGCCUUUAGAAGGAAAUCCUGAAGUAUUAAAUAAAUAUCUAAAAAAUUUAGGUGUAAAGAACGAGGAUUAUGAAUUUGUUGAAAUAAUUGGAUUUGAUGAAGAACUUCUCGCUUUUGUACCGCAACCUGUCUCUGCUGUACUUUUAAUUUUUCCUAUAACUGACGAACAUGAAAAACAUCGUCGACGAGAAUUUGAAGAAGCAGCACAUACACCACCUGAUUAUUCUCAAGCUAUUUAUUUUUUAAGACAAAGUGUUGGUAAUGCAUGUGGAUCAAUUGCAGUUAUUCAUUCAGUUGCAAAUAAUCUUGAAAAAUUUCAACUUGAUUCACAUAAACCAUUAGCUCACUUUUUGGAAACAACAAAAUUAAUGACACCUGAACAACGAGCUGAACAUUUAAAACAUGCAUUGGAUAUGGCGACAGCUAAUGAUAUGAUUGCUGAAGAAGGUGACUCACGUGUUAUUGAUCGAGAAGAACAUGUUAAUUUACAUUUCGUAUGUUUCGUCAAUGUUAAUAAUGAACUUUAUGAAUUAGAUGGUCGACAUCCACAUCCGAUUAAACAUUCUGUUAAAAUACAUUCUGGACAAUCACUUGAUUUACUACGUAGUACCAAAGAUGUUAUAUUAAAAUUAGUUGAAAAUGCUGGUGGAGAUAUUCGUUUUUCAAUGUUGGCUUUGACGAAAAUAUCAUAA